CCUGCCUGGCACUCAGGUGCCGGCUUGGGGCCCUCAGUUUAUGAGAGUCCUUAAGGCAGAACCACUUCUGACUUGGCUUCAGCUGCUGGGACUCGCUGCCGCUGAGGCAUAGGCUGGGGUGUGGCCUCCUCUGAGCCAGCCAGAAGGCUGGGUUGGGUGGGCCCUGGUGCUGUCUCUCUUCGUUUUCCCAUGCUCAGCCCCCCCUCCACCGUAUCCCAGCGGGUCCCGGCUUCCAUACAUGGUCACGGCCCUGCUUCUAACUCCCUGACGUCCCCCCCCACCUCGUCCCCCGCCCCCACCGGACACGGCCCCCGCCCUGCUCGCCCCAAGCUGUCCGCCAGCGCACCGCCAUGGAGGACCUGGACAGGGUCUGGAGAAUCUUCAGGUGCCUCUGGGGACAAGGAUCAUCUAUACAGCACAGUCUGCAAGCCUCGGUCCCCAAAGGCUGUGGCCCCCGUGGCGCCUCCAUUCUCCUCUUCCAGUGGUGUCCUGGGCAACGGGCUCUGUGAACUGGACCGUUUGCUUCAGGAACUUAAUGCCACCCAGUUCAACAUCACAGAUGAAAUAAUGUCUCAGUUUCCAUCUAGUAAGAUGGCAGAAGGAGAGGAGAAGGAGGACCAAUCAGAAGACAGCAGCACAUCCACUGUGCCUCCCAGCACCUUCCCUGUCCCCUCAAAGCCUUCCGCCACCUCAGCCACUCUGGAGCUGGACAGACUGAUGGCAUCACUCUCUGACUUUCGCGUCCAGAACCACCUUCCAGCCUCAGGACCACCUCAGCCUCCUGCAGUGAGCCCUACCCACGAGGGAUGCCCGACUCCACCAGGACAGGCUGGCAAGGGCAGUCUGGACACAAUGCUGGGCCUGCUGCAGUCCGACCUUAGCCGCCGCGGUGUUCCCACUCAGGCUAAGGGCCUCUGUGGCUCCUGCAAUAAACCUAUUGCUGGGCAAGUGGUUACCGCCCUGGGUAGAGCCUGGCACCCAGAGCACUUCCUUUGCAGUGGUUGUUCCACAACCCUGGGAGGCAGCAGUUUCUUCGAGAAGGAUGGGGCUCCCUUUUGCCCCGAGUGCUACUUUGAACGCUUCUCCCCACGAUGUGGCUUCUGCAACCAACCCAUCCGACAUAAAAUGGUUACCGCUUUGGGCACCCACUGGCACCCUGAACAUUUCUGCUGCGUCAGUUGCGGGGAGCCCUUCGGAGAAGAGGGUUUCCACGAGCGGGAGGGCCGCCCCUACUGCCGGCGGGACUUCCUGCAGCUGUUCGCCCCGCGCUGCCAGGGCUGCCAAGGUCCCAUCUUGGAUAACUACAUCUCAGCACUCAGCGCGCUCUGGCACCCAGACUGCUUCGUCUGCAGGGAAUGCCUCGCACCCUUCUCGGGAGGCAGCUUUUUUGAGCACGAGGGGCGCCCGCUGUGUGAAAACCAUUUCCAUGCCCAGCGCGGUUCAUUGUGUGGCACGUGUGGCCUCCCCGUGACUGGCCGCUGCGUGUCUGCUCUGGGCCGCCGCUUCCACCCAGAUCACUUUACCUGCACCUUCUGCCUGCGUCCGCUCACCAAAGGCUCCUUCCAGGAGCGUGCCAGCAAGCCUUACUGCCAGCCGUGCUUCCUGAAGCUCUUCGGCUGAUCUCCUCUUGGGAUCACAGAUUUCCAAAACCAACCCGCCAAAAACCCAUUCGUAAAAAAGACUGAG